GGCGCGGCCGUUACCUACUUCACCUCCUCGCGCUGCACCGCCGGCGCUGGGGUCGGCGGGGGAGCAGCGAGGCCGGAGAGGCAGGGCGGUGCUGAGGCUGUUUAAUAAAAGAAGAACAUAGCUCAGCUGCUGUUUCAACAGGAUGGGUUCUAUCGUGUGGGAAUGUGGUUAAUCAACUUGACACGUUAACCUAAUACAGCCUUCAUAAUGUGAAAAGAAAAGACAAGAUGUCCCAUCUGUCUCAAGUGUUCUGUCAGACUGAGUGAAUAAGACUCUGUCAGCACAAAUAGUAUUUCAGUUUUUGAAGAAUUUUAACAAACAAGCCGCAAAAAUACUGGUAUUAGAGCCAGACCUUCAGGACAUGUAUAUCUGAAAGUGUACAUUGAAUAAUCUGUCAGGCCUCGGUGACUGCUCCCAUUCGCGUGUGGAAGGAUGGCUACUUGCUUGAUGUUCUGCUGUCUUUUGUUCUUGGAAGUUUUGGUGGGGUGUACAAGUGGACACAGUUUAUUUUCUUGUGAGCCUAUCAUCUUGAGAAUGUGCCAAGACCUGCCUUACAAUACCACCUUUAUGCCUAAUCUUCUGAAUCAUUAUGACCAGCAAACUGCAGCAUUAGCAAUGGAGCCAUUUCAUCCUAUGGUCAAUCUGGAAUGCUCCAGGGAUUUUCGACCAUUUCUAUGUGCCCUAUAUGCUCCAGUCUGUAUGGAGUAUGGACGUGUCACUCUACCAUGUCGCAGGCUUUGUCAGCGUGCAUACACCGAAUGUUCCAAACUCAUGGAGAUGUUUGGCGUCUCUUGGCCAGAGGAUAUGGAAUGCAGCAGAUUCCCGGACUGUGAUGAGCCUUACCCUCGUCUCGUAGACCUCAAUUUAGCUGGAGAGCCCACAGAAGAGGCCCCAAUGGCAGUGCAGAGGGACUAUGGCUUUUGGUGUCCCCGGGAGUUGAAAAUAGACCCUGAUCUGGGUUAUUCUUUCCUGAGAGUACGAGACUGUUCGCCUCCUUGUCCAAAUAUGUACUUUAGGCGUGAAGAGCUCUCCUUUGCCCGAUAUUUCAUCGGAGUGAUUUCCAUCGUCUGCCUUUCUGCUACCUUGUUUACUUUUUUAACUUUUCUGAUUGAUGUCACAAGAUUCCGCUAUCCAGAAAGACCCAUUAUAUUUUAUGCUGUCUGUUACAUGAUGGUGUCAUUAAUUUUCUUCAUUGGCUUUUUGCUUGAGGACCGAGUAGCAUGCAAUGCAUCUAGCCCUGCACAGUACAAGGCUUCUACAGUGACACAGGGCUCUCAUAACAAAGCUUGCACCAUGCUUUUCAUGGUGCUGUAUUUCUUUACCAUGGCUGGCAGUGUUUGGUGGGUCAUUCUUACCAUCACAUGGUUCUUGGCAGCUGUGCCAAAGUGGGGCAGUGAAGCAAUUGAGAAGAAAGCAUUGCUCUUCCAUGCAAGUGCAUGGGGCAUUCCAGGAACUCUAACCAUCAUCCUUUUAGCAAUGAAUAAAAUUGAAGGUGACAAUAUUAGUGGCGUGUGUUUUGUUGGCCUCUAUGAUGUGGAUGCAUUACGAUAUUUUGUUCUUGCCCCGCUCUGCCUGUAUGUUGUGGUUGGAGUUUCUCUGCUGCUAGCUGGCAUUAUCUCCCUCAAUCGGGUUCGCAUUGAAAUCCCAUUAGAAAAAGAGAACCAGGACAAACUGGUGAAGUUUAUGAUCCGGAUUGGCGUUUUCAGUGUUCUGUACCUCGUUCCACUCUUGGUUGUAAUUGGCUGCUAUUUCUAUGAGCAGGCUUUCCGAGGUGUGUGGGAGACAACAUGGAUACAAGAACGCUGCAGAGAAUAUCACAUCCCAUGCCCAUAUCAGAUCUCUCAGAUGAGCCGUCCAGACCUGAUUCUCUUUCUGAUGAAGUAUCUUAUGGCUCUAGUGGUUGGGAUCCCUUCUGUCUUUUGGGUUGGAAGUAAAAAGACCUGCUUUGAAUGGGCCAGCUUUUUUCAUGGACGCAGGAAAAAAGAGGCGGUAAACGAGAGCCGCCAGGUGCUGCAGGAGCCCGAUUUUGCUCAGUCACUUCUGAGGGAUCCUAAUACUCCCGUUAUCCGAAAGUCAAGGGGCACUUCCACUCAGGGGACUUCCACUCAUGCCUCAUCUACUCAUCUGGCUAUGAUGGAUGACCAGAGGAGCAAAGCAGGCAGUGUUCAUAGCAAAGUAAGCAGCUACCAUGGCAGCCUGCAUAGGUCCCGUGAUGGCAGGUACACCCCCUGCAGCUACAGAGGCAUUGAAGACAGACUACCUCAUGGCAGCAUGUCACGACUGACUGAUCACUCCAGGCAUAGCAGUUCACAUCGGCUCAAUGAACAGUCACGUCACAGCAGCAUCAGGGAUCUCAGCAACAACCCAAUGACCCACAUUACACAUGGUACCAGCAUGAACCGGGUUAUUGAAGAGGAUGGAACCAGUGCUUGAUUUGCUUUCAACAUAAAGGAGAACCUCCUGCGACAGUGUUACUUGGAGUCCAUUUCUCAGUGAUGCAAUAAUACUCAGUAUUAUUGUGCUUCCCAUUGGUGCUGAUUUUUUGUAUCAGGAAGCUGAAGUUUGGCUUUGCCUUUUUAAAGCCAGCUGUCAUUGUGCUCACAUCAGUGCUAGGAUGCUCCGGUGAUCAGCAAUCUGGAAAUUAACAAAAGUAAAAGCUAAUAAUAGCUUCAUUUUGAACCUACCAGUAGAUAAUUAUUAAUAAUUUAUUUGAUAACUUGUUAUUUUCCCAUCAUAUAUCAUAGCUGGUUUCUUAUUAAAAAAAAAUCCCUAAAUACUUUGAAUUUCAGUAAUUGUUACCUUUAAAGACUCACUGGUGAGGUCAUGGUAAGAGUUCCAAUAAGCAGAAGGAAACUCUUGAAUAUUUGAAGUUCUUCCAUGAAACCCUUUUGUCUCUGAUUAGAUAAUAGUGAUACUUGUCAUCAAGCACAGAGGGAGGGCUGCAUAUUAACUACUGUACAAAGGGUAUCUGAGAAAUCAGCAGGCAUUUUUAAACAGUUAUGCUGGAAAUAAAAUGAAAGAAUGAGCAUUCCGUAGGA